UCUACUACCACGAAAUUCUGCCACCCUUUCCCUCCCUUGCCCGACCGAUCGUACGGCUUCGCAAUCGGAUUCCAGUUACUUUCCUGCAUUGACGCGAAGCUGUCCCGUCAGCGCAGCCGCCCAAAACCCAUGAACCCCUAUUAGAGGCGACGUUGCAUUAACACACCACACCCCUCCGACCGCCUACCGCUCGACCGCUCUCUCUACUAUUACACCCCCUUUUCUCUUCUGGGUUACCGCAGCUUGACAUACCAUGAGGGUUGACGUAAAGCGGCAACUCUUCGCCCGCAGCGAGAGGGUGAAGGGCAUCGACUUUCACCCUCAAGAGCCAUGGAUUCUGACCACCCUGUACUCUGGUCAUGCAUACAUCUGGUCCUAUGAAACUCAGCAGAUUGUCAAGACAUUCGAGCUCACCGACGUCCCCGUCCGAGCCGGCCGAUUUGUGGCACGAAAGAACUGGAUUGUGUGCGGAUCCGACGACUUCCAAUUGCGCGUCUACAACUACAACACUUCCGAGAAGAUCACGUCCUUCGAGGCCCACCCAGACUACAUCCGCGCCAUCGCCAUCCACCCGACGCAACCUUUUGUUCUUACGGCGUCGGAUGACAUGACCAUCAAGCUUUGGGACUGGGAAAAGGGCUGGAAAUGCGUGCGUGUCUUCGAGGGCCACGGCCAUUAUGUCAUGGGGUUGGCCAUCAACCCUAAAGACACCAACACCUUCGCGUCCGCGUGUCUCGACCGUACUGUCAAGAUCUGGAGUCUGGGCUCGUCGACGGCCAAUUUCACACUGGAGGCCCACGAGACCAAGGGCGUCAACUAUGUCGACUACUACCCGCACUCCGACAAGCCGUACCUGCUGACCACUUCCGACGACCGGACCGUCAAGGUCUGGGACUACACGACCAAGUCGCUCAUCGCCACGCUCGAAGGGCACACCAACAACGUUUCCUGGGCCUGCUACCACCCCGAGCUUCCCGUCAUCAUCUCCGGUUCGGAGGACGGCACCGUGCGGUUAUGGCACGCCAACACGUACCGGUUCGAACAGUCGCUCAACUACGGCCUCGAACGCGCCUGGUGCGUCGCCUACCAGAAGGGGAAGCAGGGCGUGGCGGUCGGGUUCGACGACGGCUUGGUCGUCGUCAAACUCGGCCGGGAGGAGCCCGCGGUGUCGAUGGACGCGUCCGGCAAGCUGAUCUGGGCGAAGCACAACGAGGUCAUAUCGGCGAUCAUCAAGGGCGGCGAUGCUUCCGUCAAGGACGGCACCCCCAUCGUGCUGCCCACCAAGGACCUCGGCAGCUGCGAGGUGUAUCCCCAGACCCUCCUCCACUCUCCCAACGGCCGAUUCGUCGCGGUUUGCGGCGACGGCGAGUAUAUCAUCUAUACCGCGUUGGCGUGGAGGAACAAGGCCUUCGGUUCGGCGCUCGACUUUGUCUGGGCCUCCAAGGAAAACAGCAACGACUUUGCCAUUCGGGAAACCCCGACCAGCGUCAAGGUGUACAAGAACUUCGCGGAGAAGUCGGGCGGUCUCGACGUGGGCUUCCAGGCCGAAGGCCUUACCGGUGGUGUCCUGCUCGGUGUGAAGGGCCAGGGCGGCAUUUCGUUUUUCGACUGGCACACCGGCGGCCUCGUCCGACGUAUCGAGGUGGAGCCGAGACAGGUCUACUGGUCGGAGAGUGGCGAACUGGUUGCCCUGGCCUGCGAAGACUCUUUUUACGUUUUGAGUUUCUCUCGUGACGCCUAUGUUGAGGCGGUUCAGAACGACCAGGUGGAAGAAGACGGAGUGGAGGCUGCAUUUGAGGUCAUUACGGACAUUAACGAGAGUGUACGGACUGGCGAGUGGAUCGGUGACUGCUUCAUCUACACCAACUCGACGAAUCGGCUCAACUACCUGGUCGGCGACCAGACCUACACGAUUUCACACUUUGACCAGCCCAUGUACAUUCUCGGAUACAUCCAGCGGGAUUCACGGAUCUACCUCGCCGACAAGGAUGUCAACGUCACCUCGUUCGGGCUGUCUCUGCCCGUCCUCGAGUACCAGACUCUCGUCCUGCGCGGCGACAUGGAGACUGCGGCGGAGAUGCUGCCCAGCGUGCCCAGCGACCAGCUCAACAAGAUCGCGCGCUUCCUCGAGGGCCAGGGUCACAAGGAGCUGGCGCUCGAGGUGGCGACGGACCCCGAGCACAAGUUCGAGCUGGCGCUCGCGCUCAACCAGCUGGACAUCGCGCUCGAGCUCGCCAAGGAGGCCGACGCCGAGCACAAGUGGAAGACGGUGGGCGACGCGGCGCUCGCCGGGUGGGACGUGGCCUUGGCGGAGAAGUGCUUCACCCAGGCGCGGGACCUGGGCUCGCUGCUGCUGCUCUACUCGUCCACGUCGGACCGCGAGGGCCUGGCGAAGCUGGCGGAACAGGCCGAGGCGGCCGGGGUGCACAACCUUGCGUUCAGCGCGCAGUGGCUGGCGGGUAACGCGGCGGGCUGCGUGGAGAUCCUGGUCAAGACGGGCCGGCUGGCGGAGGCGGUGCUCUUCUCGCAGACGUACCAGCCCAGCCUGACGGCGGGCUUGGUGGCGCAGUGGAAGGAGAGCCUGGACAAGAACAAGAAGGGCCGGGUGUCGAAGCUGCUGGGCACGCCGGGCGAGGACGAGGAGCUGUUCCCGGAGUGGGAGGAGUGGCUGAGGCUAGAGGCGCAGGGGGGCGCGGCGGGGGACAAGACCAACGGGGUGAGCGAGGAGGAGGCGUCAGAGGCAUCAUCAGAGGCCGAAGCCAGCGACGCAUAG